AGAGAACAACAAAAUAAAUGCUAUUUGAAAAAAAAGUGCAGGUCUCAGAUUCCUGUUUUUCUUGCAACAACAAGCUUGGUCUGGCCUCUUCUGGGUCUGGAAUGCUGCUGUCUCAGGCACGGGCUGCCACCCUGGCAGGUGGUUACAGGGACACCACACUCUGCGGCUGAGCCCAGACCAGGCCUGGCAAUUCUUCUCACAGAGCCCUUGAGACGAAAGCUGUCUGCCUGCUGCCUUAAGCCAGCGGCCGGAUUUCAGGCUCCAGCUAGCAAAUAGAAAAGGCAGAGGGGAGCCUCUGGGAACCUUUGAGAUCCUAGGGGUGGGUGCCAUGUGCCCCAUGUGUAGGUGGGUUCAUCCCUGCUUUAAGGACCUGGCUCGGAGAGAGGGAGCUUCAAGGGGAAUCUGGAUCCUGUGGGAAGGUGGGGACAGCGUAGAGGGCUGUUCACAGAGCCAGGGAGAGAACCCAGGCUCGGGACUGCUGACGAGUCCACGGACUCUACUUGAGAGCGUGUGAAGCUUCCCGGCUUUCACACCCAGGUGCAGCGGGCCCAGUCCUCAUGCAUCUGCUCUUGGAAACAAACCGCAAAAGCCCUAAGUAGACAACCCUCGAGGAGAAGAAUUCUGAUUCUGUUUUUCGCUCUGCGGCUAUUGUGUUUUCACAACGUGUCCUCAGAAAACCGGCUUCUCUUGUGGAGGGUGCAUUUCUUCUUCUGGAAAAUGAAGAAAAAGCCAGCCUUUCCCCUCCCAGGGGAAGGGUCCCAGCAGGCGUCAAGGGAAGCAAUGGGACUGGGUUUGGAAUCCUGGCUGACGCCAGCUCUCACUUGAAGAGGCCACGAGAGACAGUCUGGAGAGGAAGCCACGAGACGGGUUUGUACCCUGCUGCCCUCUUUGCCUGGUAAACACUUUGUUGUUCCUCAAGACUCAGCUGAGAUGCCACCUUCUCCAGGAAGUCUUCCUGGGUCUCCUUGGGGUGAGUGCCUCUCCCUCCCUCCCCAGCCAGGCUCCCUCAGCACUUGGUUCUUAUUUCUGCCGCUAGAGUCCUUUUCUUAUGAUAUUGCAGGCUUGUCUCCUGCCUCGUCUAAGUCAGUGCUCAGGCUGGGCCUGUGUCUGCACAUGGCAGGGAAGCCUGUGCCUGCCCCUCUGAGGAGGCGGGAAAAGCCGGGGCACACACCAGGGCUGCCUCCUGCGGGGCCACAGGUGGCAGACCUCCUGCCACACAUGCAGGGCCGGGCUGUGCGGAUGGGUCUCCUGUCUGGUGCCUCAUCGGCCCUCUUUUUGGGCCUGGUUCUCGGACCCUUCCCUCUGCUUGCUCACCAAUUGGCGCUUCUCUCUUUCUCCUCUUGCUGGAUUAUGUUUGGGUCAGAAAUUUUGGAGGAAAAACACAGCCCCUACCAUGAGCUUUUCCUUCCUCCGCGGGUGGUGUUGACCGGGGCCACGCCCACCCUCUUCCUCAGUCGUCUAGCACUGCCCACGCCCCUCCCUGCCCCCUCAGUGCCACUGUCCCUGGGGCUCUGGGGGCUCCGGGUCUGUGCCCAAGUGCCCUGCCUAGCCCCUGUGCUGCCUGUCUGGUGCCCACAUUCCUGCAACCCCGUGACCACAACAGGGGCCAUGACACAUUCCUGGCCUGGCAGCCAAUGGUGUAAAAAAGAACAGAAUGUCCCAAGGCCCCGCCCUGUCCCUUGCUUCCCUGGGCCCCUCCCUGCCCUGGGCAAGGUGAGGGGUGGUGGUGAGGAGUCAGGUAAGAAGAGGACAGACUGAGAGGGGAGGCAGAGGGAUGCUUCACAUGCAGGGCCCAGGGCCAGGGGGGCCAGGAGGUGUUCCCACUUUGGUGAGCAGGAAGGAAGCUUGCAGAUACCCCUUCUCCUUCCUCUCCAAGAUCUGGGGGUGAGGCUGACCCAGGGGUGCCCUUGGAGGGAUUCCCCAGGGAGGGGACCCAGCUGCUGGAAGCCCACGUGGGGCUCCCUCCCCUGCUCUGCUGCCUGGGAGUAGAGAGGCCCUUUGGGGCUGGCUCCCUCUCUUCACCCUCCUCUCUCUGCCUCUCCUCCCCAUGUGCCCUCCUGCAUCCCUCCGUCCCGGGUCCCGGUCGCUCACCUGCCCUCCUCCAUCCAUCUCCCUUUUUCUGCCUUCCCUGUCCUCCUGGUCUCCCGCCUUGGCCUCACUCCCCCUGGCUUGUUCUUUUUCCUUGCUUUGCCCUCUUGGCUUUGUGUUCAGGAUCCUUCUCCUUGUUCAGGCUCUCCGGCCCCACCUGUCAUUCUGUCUCCCACUCUCCUUGCCUGUCAGCUCUGCUUCACUCCCUAAGCCCCUUCUCCAGUCUCCCUUCAGACUCCCUCUCACCUUCUGCAGUGCCAGCACUCCCUGGUCACCUGCCCUCGGGGCCCCCCCUCCCUUGGGAGAACUCUCAGCUCUGACUCCUCCUCUGCCCCUCCCCCUGCCCUGCUCACCUUUAAUUGAGAUGCUAAUGAGGCUUCAGUGGCUUCCAUCCCCGGCAGGCGGGCAGGCUCCCUGGCCCGGCUGCUGCACCUGUCAGCCUACCCAGGGGCUCAUGAAGGGAGACAAGCAUGAGGAGCAGGAGCUGGGCUCUGAACCCACGGCCCCCCAGCAGCCCACGGAGGAGGAGGAGGCCCUGAUCGAGUUCCACCGUUCCUACCGAGAGCUCUUCGAGUUCUUCUGCAACCACACCACCAUCCAUGGCGCCAUCCGCCUGGUGUGCUCCCAGCACAACCGCAUGAAGACGGCCUUCUGGGCUGUGCUCUGGCUCUGCACCUUCGGCAUGAUGUACUGGCAGUUCGGCCUGCUGUUCGGAGAGUACUUCAGCUACCCCGUCAGCCUCAACAUCAACCUCAACUCCGACAAGCUCGUCUUCCCUGCCGUUACCAUCUGCACCCUCAACCCCUACAGGUACGCGAAAAUUAAAGAGGAGCUGGAGGAGCUGGACCGCAUCACAGAGCAGACGCUCUUCGAUCUGUACAAAUACAACUUUUCCAACACCCUCGUGGCCCAUCCCCGCGGCCGUCGCGACCUCGGGGAGACCCUGCCGCACCCCCUGCAGCGCCUGCCGGGCCCGGCCCCGCCCCACGAGGCCCGCAGAACCCGCAUGGCUUCCAGCGUGCGGGACAAUAAUCCCCAAGUGAACAGGAAGGACUGGAAGAUCGGCUUCCAACUGUGCAACCAGAACAAAUCGGACUGCUUCUACCAGACAUACUCGUCAGGGGUGGAUGCGGUGCGGGAGUGGUACCGCUUCCACUAUAUCAACAUUCUGUCGCGACUGCCGGUGGACGCCUCUGUGUCCCUAGAGAAGGACCAACUGGACAACUUCAUCUUCGCCUGCCGCUUCAAUCAGGUCUCCUGCAACCAGGCGAAUUACUCCCACUUCCACCACCCGAUGUAUGGGAACUGCUACACUUUCAAUGACAAGAACAACUCCAACCUCUGGAUGUCUUCCAUGCCUGGGAUCAACAAUGGUUUGUCCCUGACGCUGCGCACAGAGCAGAAUGACUUCAUCCCGCUGCUGUCCACAGUGACUGGGGCCAGGGUAAUGGUGCACGGGCAGGAUGAGCCUGCCUUUAUGGAUGAUGGCGGCUUUAACUUGCGGCCUGGUGUGGAGACCUCCAUCAGCAUGAGGAAGGAAACCCUGGACAGACUUGGGGGUAACUAUGGUGACUGCACCAAGAAUGGCAGCGACAUCCCCGUCCAGAACCUUUACAGGUCCAAAUAUACACAGCAGGUGUGCAUUCACUCCUGCUUCCAGGAGAACAUGAUCAAGGAGUGUGGCUGUGCCUACCUCUUCUAUCCGCCACUCCCGGGUGUGGACUUCUGUGACUACAGGAAGCAUAAUUCCUGGGGCUACUGUUACUAUAAGCUCCAGGAUGCCUUCGCCUCCAACCGCCUGGGCUGUUUCACCAAGUGCCGGAAGCCAUGCAGUGUGACCAGCUACCAGCUCUCUGCCGGUUACUCACGAUGGCCCUCAGUGACAUCCCAGGACUGGGUCUUCCAGAUGCUAUCCCUACAGAACAAUUACACCAUCAAUAACAAAAGAAAUGGGGUCGCCAAACUCAACAUCUUCUUCGAGGAGCUGAACUACAAAACCAAUUCUGAGUCUCCCUCUGUCACGAUGGUCACCCUCCUGUCCAACCUGGGCAGCCAGUGGAGCCUGUGGUUUGGCUCCUCGGUGCUGUCUGUGGUGGAGAUGGCUGAGCUCAUCUUUGACCUCCUGGUCAUCACAUUCCUCAUGCUGCUCCGGAGGAUCCGAAGCCGAUACUGGUCUCCUGGCCGAGGGCGCAGGGGUGCCCGGGAGGUGGCCUCCACUCCAGCGUCCUCCCUCCCUGCCCAUUUCUGCCCCAACCCCGCGUCCCCCUCCUCCUCCCCACCAGGCCCUGCCACCUCCCCGGCCCUGACAGCCCCUCCACCUGCCUAUGCCACCCUGGGCCCCUGCCCAUCUCUUGCCAGCUCGGCGGGGGCCAGCUCUUCUGCCUGUACUCCAGGGGAGCCCUGAAGAGAAGGAGAAUGUCCCCCAAAAGGCAGGCACUUCCCCUGAUGGGAGGGGACCAGCCUUGGCAGGAUUAAAGAAUUUUGGGAUUCCUCUUGGAGCUGCCCAGCUGCCUUUAAUGUGGGGGAGGGAAGCAGGAUGGAUGAGGGGCGAUAGAAGUUGCCUGGAGAAUAGGGGCCAAGGCAGCUGCCCAGAACUCCCUGGCUCCUGCCCUGUAGCCCCUGGUCCUGCCUCUAGAACCCUCUGCUUUCCCUUCCCAAGUGCAGACAAGUCUCCUUUUCCCUUGGAGCGGUCAAGCCAAACUUGGAGCUUUGACAAGGAACUUUCCUAGGAAACAACAGCCGACCAGAACAAAACAAACAAGGGCACGCAAAGGCAUGCACGGGUCUCCUACCCAGAGACGGCUGAAGCCAGCCCCACGCUGGCCUGGCCACACUGCUUUCCAGGGACACAGACGUGUGCUCCUCUUCUUGAACUUGGGUGGGGAACCCCACCCAAAAGCCCCCUUGGUUAGUUCUUGGGCAGUUCCCCUUCCCUGACUCCCCAGGGCAGGGGCUGGAGCAGACCAAUAUAUUAAGAAGGCUUGGCCAUUCCUACUUGGCCCCAGGACUUUUCCAGCCUCAUCUACCCAGUGCCCCCCAGAGCCACACCCCAGCACCUGUGCCCUGUGUUCUUGAUUCCUCUGCAUAUUUGCUCAAGUUAUUUCCUUAGCCUGGAAGCUUCCCCCACCAUCUGCUGGAGAACUCCUAUGCAUCCCUUAGAACCCUGCUCAGACACCACCACUAUGGAGGCUUCUGCCCCAUCUUGUCUUCCCUGGAACUGAUCACUCCCCUCUCCUCUGGACUCCCAUAGCACACCAUAACAUCUGUUGGAGUGCUGAUGUUGCAUUACACUUUCUUGUUCAUUUGUGUCUGCCUCCCCAGCUAGAGUGCGAGCUCCUUGUGGUCAGGGACUGAGUCUUGUUCAUUUAUGUAUCCUCAGGGUCUAGCCCAGUGUCCUGCUUGGAGCAAGUAGGCAGGUCAUCAAUAAAUGUUUGCUGCAUAAAGAA